AUGGAAACAGGAAACUACAGUUUGGUGACAGACUUCACACUUGUUGGUCUUUUUCAAUAUGGCUGCAUGAACACUCUUCUCUUUGUGGUCAUUGCUGUCAUCUUCUUGGUGGCUGUGAUGGGGAAUGUCACAUUGGUCUACCUCAUCCGAAUGGACCCCAGACUCCACACCCCCAUGUACUUUCUCCUCAGCCAGCUGUCCAUCAUCGAUAUGAUGUACAUCUCCACCACUGUGCCCAAGAUGUCAGCUAACUUCCUGUCUGAUACCAGGACUAUCACCUUUCUGGGCUGUGAGAUCCAAGCCUUUGUGUUCCUGAGCCUGGGAGGAGCCGAAGCCCUCCUGCUGGGCUUCAUGUCCUAUGACCGGUACAUAGCCAUCUGCCGUCCCCUGCAUUACCCUGUGCUCAUGAGCAGGAAGGUCUGCUGCUCCUUGGUCACCUGUGCCUGGAGCAGCAGCUCUGUCAACGCGCUCGUGCACACGCUGUAUGCCUUUCAUCUCCCGUUCUGUGGCUCUCGGCUUGUCAACCACUUUUUCUGUGAGGUUCCAUCCCUCCUGCCCUUGGUGUGUCAGGACACAUCCCAGUAUGAGCAUACUAUCCUCAUGAGUGGCCUGGUUAUUCUUCUGCUACCAUUCCUGGCCAUUCUCGCUUCCUAUGUUCGGGUGCUGGCCGUCGUGUUCCAGAUGCGCUCAGGGAAAGGACAGGCAAGAGCCCUUUCCACGUGCUCCUCCCACCUGACCGUGGCCAGCCUGUUCUACGCGACCACUCUGUCCACCUAUACCCAGCCGCACUCCUUGCACUCCCCUGCCCGGGACAAGACGGUGGCGGUGCUUUACUCAAUCGUCACCCCUCUUCUGAACCCAUUUAUCUACAGCCUAAGGAACAAAGAGGUCAUGGGGGCCUUGAGGAGACAGGUGGGAUGA